CCCCAAUCGUGGAGUAUCCAUGGGUCUUGGGGUCGUCUUCCCGCUUCCACCAUCACAUCAUCUUGCUCUUUCAUGAGAACUGCCAUUUUGCCCCCCUAGAUCUUUGGUUCUCUCCAUAUUAUACUCGAAUCUCUUAACCUCCCGCCAUUCUGGCUAUUCUGCAUCACACCUCUCACCGCUUUAAGUGUUUUGGAUCAACUUGACUGUUUGUUUCCUACAAGUACAUCAUCUCUUAUAUUCUACCUGAGUUCACCAGUCUCGUUCCACGGCACCUAUUUUCAGUACUUUCCCAGACCUAUUCUCCCGGCGGUUCCUCGUCCUUCCAGGCUUCCCGGAGACAGCGUCAUCGUUUCCACAGCUCCCCUGAUGGGCCUCUCGAGUCGACCGUUUCCAUUGCUGCUGCUGAGGUAGUUGUGGUUGUUGGGGUGUGACUCGAGCCUUAUUUCCCCCCAAAGCUAGUCUACCUGAGACAGAACAGGGAUUGGCGUGCCCACCGCCAUUAUGGCGUCUCAACAUUCGAGGAGAUCGCGUGAGCCCCCCCGCCCAGAAAUGUCCAUCGGUCGCUAUACGCGGCUGGAUGAGAUCGGGCGAGGUAGUUUUGCGACGGUCUAUCAAGGUGUCCAUACAAAAACGAAAACCUAUGUAGCAAUCAAGUCCGUGAACUUGUCGAAGCUCAACAAAAAGCUCAAAGAGAACCUUUCGUCCGAGAUCGAUAUCCUCAAGGGCCUUCAGCACCCACAUAUCGUGGCCCUGAUCGACUGCCAUGAAUCAACAUCUCACAUUCACCUGGUUAUGGAAUACUGUGCGCUGGGGGAUCUGUCACUGUUCAUCAAGCGCCGAGAUACUCUUGGAUCACAUAAGUACACUCGGGAUAUGAUUGCAAAAUAUCCAAAUCCACCCGGCGCCUCGCUCAAUGAGGUGGUUACCCGGCACUUCCUCAAACAACUGUCAAGCGCACUGAAAUUCCUUCGUGACCGAAACCUCAUUCAUCGAGAUAUCAAGCCACAGAAUCUCUUGCUGUGUCCCUCACCUUCGUCGUAUCGCAGUGGGAAUGCUCAGGUCAUUCCCUAUAAAGGAAGCGAUGACUCUUACGAUCCCACGACGGGACUCGAGUCCCUCCCCAUGCUCAAAAUCGCAGAUUUCGGCUUCGCCCGAUCUCUACCCGCCACUUCACUUGCAGAGACCCUUUGUGGAUCUCCGCUGUACAUGGCACCCGAGAUUCUCCGGUAUGAGAAGUAUGAUGCCAAGGCCGACUUGUGGUCGGUAGGUACUGUGCUCUACGAGAUGGUGGUGGGCCGACCCCCGUUCCGGGCCACAAAUCACGUCGAGUUACUGCGAAAGAUCGAGAAGGGAGAAGAUCGAAUCCGCUUUCCUGAAGAUAACCCCGCCUCAGACGACAUCAAAAGGCUAAUUCGAGGCCUGCUAAAACGGAACCCAGUGGAACGAUUGAACUUCCCUGAGUUCUUCAACAGCAAUGUGAUAAAUGAUCCGAUUCCUGGCUUGCUGGCCGAUGACGCUCCAGGGCCACCACAAUCGCCACGGCCAAGCCAGCUCGUCGCGAAGGCCGAAGAAUCUCCUUAUGAUACUGGGCCUGAGGACAAAUUUGCAUAUCCUCUCGGUCAAAGACCUGCUUCAACGCGUCCAAAAUCAGGAACGCCACCGACUGCUACGCACAUGCGCCGUAUGGGAAGCGCUGACCGGCCUGCUCCAGGCAUUUCCAGGGAACAACAACUAGGAGGUACACCACCUCAACGUCCUGGACCUGUCAGCCUUGCCACUGCCCCGGGACGCCAGGAGCUUAUUGAUCGUAACGCAACUACUGCAGCCAUGGAUCGACAGAGAAAUCGGAAUACCUACACUGGCUCUCCCAAAGUGAGCGACUCAACAGUUCGUGCCCAGGAGGCACGGGAUCUCGCUGCACAAGAAGUGGCAUUUGAGAGAGACUAUGUUGUGGUCGAAAAGCGGGCCGUGGAGGUCAACGCCUUUGCAGACGAACUGGCUCAUAGCCCACGCCUUCAAGGCGGGUUUUCUCGACCAGGACAACCUGGCGCCGGAAGCCGUCGGGCAACAACGCAGGGUCUACCUACAGUGUCACCAUCUUCUCCGCAUGCCAAUGCGGCCAAAGCCAUGCAGGUUGUUUCGGGUCGUUCACGAGCAGAUUCCACAAACCAGCGCCAGCAUUCCUACGAGCGACGUUACGGGCAAAGUCCUACGUCGGCGACCUCGGCAAUCUCGAAAGCACUCAACAUGGCCAGCGGUCGUCUGUUCGGAAUGGGCUUCUCUCCUCCACUUGCCAUCACUAAAGGUGGGCGAUCUCCGCCUCUAGCCUACAACCCUUUCCCCGCCUAUCCUCCUGUCCAUGCUAGUCUUUUGAUCACCGGAGACGGCUCCAAACCCAAUGCAACUGUCGACGAAGAUUGCAAGGCAGUUCAGGAAAUCGAGGAAUGUGCUACGCGUAGUGACGUUGUCUUCGGAUUUGCUGAGGUCAAAUAUAAGCAGCUUGUCCCGCUAGCACCUUCGGCACCGACUGACCCAUCUGCGAGACCUAUGGACACGAAUAUUGAACCAGACUCUGCCGAUUCCGACGAUGGCCUGACAGUCGAUGCUAUUGUUACAUUGUCCGAGGAAGCUUUGGUACUAUAUGUCAAGGCUUUGUCUUUGCUUGCAAAAUCAAUGGACAUUGCUGGAGCUUGGUGGACGCGCAAGAAUAGGGAAGAGGUCUAUGGGGAGUCUCCUACCAAAGACAGCAUGGGCGCAGUUGCCGGUACUCGGAUCAACUACGUUGUGCAAUGGGUGCGCAGUCGGUUCAAUGAGGUCAUCGAAAAAGCCGAAUUUGUGCGCCUAAAACUCAUCGAGGGCCAACGGCGAUUGCCACCAGACCAUCCUAGCCAUCCGGACAACCAUUCUAUUGGCUCCACCGCCGGCUCAAGUUCAACUGCCGACGUAGUGGUGAGCCCUGGCGUCACAGCAGAGAGGCUAAUGUACGACCGCGCCCUUGAGAUGAGCCGGGCGGCUGCCAUCAAUGAAUUGACUGGUGAAGAUCUUGCCAACUGUGAGAUUACAUAUGUUACUGCGAUUCGCAUGCUCGAAGCUGUGCUUGAGGAUGACGGAACGCGAUCCAUGCCAGGUAGCAACAUCGAACGGCAAAGCAGUUCGCAAGCUGGUGACAAGGUCAUUCUGGACGAGCUGCAGGUGGAGGAUCGGCAGGUCGUUGUCAAACUCGUAUCCAGUAUGCGUGGCCGCCUCGCAUCUGUCCGGAAGAAGGUAGCUGUUCUAUCCAAGCGAUCCUCGGCGUCGACUCCAACGGUGGGCAAGACACCUACAUCCACCAUUUCUCCUGUUGCAUAUGCCACCGGGGUGACACCGCCUAGAUGAGCAUUUUGUUCCCCCAAUUUCCACCAAAUCUAUCAGGAUUAUUACGACAUUCUUCAAUUCAGUAGCGUCAUGAUCAUAGCCUUAUAUGUAUAAGGUUGACUCACGAUGCUAACAAUUGACCCCUUUUAUUCCCGCCCUUUUAUAUAAGGUAACCUCUGGCUAGCUCCAGGGCCAUGUUCCUCUUUUUGCCAUUUACUGCCAUUUACGUCUGUCUCUACGGAGAUACUAAUUUCUUCGUUCAUAUUUGUCGAUCUAUUUUUCCAGUUCACGUUUUGCCAUAUAUCCUACAGCACGAGACCAGGGGAGUUCUUAUUCAUAUUAUUUCUUGUCAUGUCAUGUCUUAUUGUCUUUUUCUUUUCUUUCUUUACGGUUUUCUCUUUUCGUUGGGAUUGGCGUUUGACCCGGGGACCCACGGUAUACAGAUUGGCACUGAGUUUCUUUUUGGGCUGGGAACGCACAAGGUCAUGGCGUUGGGGGGGGGUGCUUUAAGAUUGGAUUUGUUGCAGAUACUCCCAGAUGUAUUGUACAUAGAGAAAUCGCGGAAA